UAUACAGGGAGACUGCGUAAGAGGAGUCAUGUCUUCCCUCUAUCUAUCAUUAUCAGGGAAGUUGUUAGUUACAAGUUACCAGUUUUAUCUUGCUUAGCAUGAGUCUAUAAAUAUUAAGGGCAGGCCUAAUUCAAUAGACUAUGUUUCGCGGUCACUAGAGUCAGUACUACAAAGAAAACAUGUUUCGUGCUCAACAAUGGGUGCAUACCAUCCUCAUCUUGUUCCUCCACCAUCCAAUCUUCAUCAGAGCUGUAUCGUAUGCUGUUGACAAUAACGUUAACUUGUUUGAAGACAGCAAGAAAGUGUCCAGUACUAAAGAUACGCGAGCUUUUGGUUGUGAUAUGUCAACUCUGGUAAUAUUUGUAUUCAUUAUAUUGAAUAUCAUCGUCUACAAGCUCUGUGAACUUCAUGAAACAGAGUGUAGUGAAAAAGACGAGGCAUUUGUGAUACCAUCAGGAGAAAGAUUUCACCGGUUUUCACUUGCUGAAAUUUUGCUGGCAACAAACAGCUUUGAUGAGAAAUGUCUGAUUGGUAAGGGAGGCUCCGCGAGAGUCUACAAAGGGAUGAUUGAUAAUGGAGGGACUCCAGUUGCUAUAAAGAGAUUGAGUUUUGUUAACAAAAGAUGUGGAGGAUCAAUGUUCUGGACCGAAAUUCAAAUGCUUUCCAAGCUGAGACACAGUCACUUGGUGUCCCUUGUUGGUUAUUGCGAUGAACAGAAUGAAAUGAUUCUUGUCUUUGAGUAUAUUCCUUGUGGUACUCUAUCUGAUCAUCUGCAUCGAAGUUUUGAAAAAGGCUAUUACACCUUGUCGUGGAUUGAGCGCUUAAGGAUUUGUAUUGGAGCUGCGCGGGGAUUGGACUAUCUUCACACGGGUACUAGCAUUCAUCAAAGAGUGAUACAUCGUGAUGUGAAGACUACAAAUAUUUUGUUGGAUGACCACUUGGAAGCUAAAAUUGCAGACUUUGGAAUUUCCAAGAUUGUCACGGCAAAUCAGGGGUGCACUUAUGUCAGUACUGCUGUCAAGGGAACAUUUGGGUAUAUGGAUCCAUCUUAUUUUGUGACUGGAAGAUUGACGAGGAAAUCUGAUGUGUACGCGUUUGGAGUUGUGCUGUUUGAAGUUUUGUCUGGAAGAAGAGCAGUUGAUUUAAGUCGGGAUGAUAAGCAGUAUAAGCAAUUUGGUUUAGCUGGAUGGGCACAGACUUGUAUAAGACAAGGAAGAAUAAUUGAGAUUGUUGAUUCUACUCUGAAGAGUGAAAUUUCAAAAGAAUCUUUAUUGGCUUUUGUGAGAAUUGCAUACCGAUGCUUAAAUGGCCAGCCUGAUUGUCGUCCUACAAUGGCUGAAAUUGUGGUAGUUCUUGAAUUUGCAUUGGCUCUGCAAGAGAAUCCAGAGUUUACUCGAUUUGAGGGGAAAAGUGGUAGUAAUAGUCCACCACAUCUCGCAGCAGUGGAGGUGGCAUAUGGAGAGGAUCAAGUGAAGUCGUUUGAGAUGAAUCGUUCCAGGAUAACAUUCUCUGGGAAGUUCUGCAGGACCCUUUUAGCCUCAAUCCGAGCAUUAUCCGUACACACAAAUGCAAAGAGAUUAAGCUACAACAGGAAAGAAAACAGGGUUGAUAACAAAUUGAGCCUGAACAAAUUAGGUGUUUUCCCUGAGGCAAAUAACAGAGCGAGGUUGAACAAAGUUGACAUUUUCCCACAGGCAAAGGGUCUUGCGAUGACUGCUGAUUCAAGGAGGUUCAGCUUAGCAGAAUUGAGUAGUACAACGAGAGGCUUUAGUCCGGAUCUGAUGUUGAGUGAGGGAAACUAUGGAAGUGUUUUCAUUGGCUGGCUUGAUGAAGACACGUUUGCUCCCUCAAGAAUUGGCAUCGGAAAAGCAGUUGUCAUAGUAAGAUGUAGUCCAGAUCAAAGACUCAGAACUACACAGAUGGAGGUGGAUCUUUAUGGAAGAUAUAACCAUCCGAAUCUUGCCAAUCGUUUGGGAUUCUGUUUAGAAGGCCAGGAAUUACUGCUUAUUUAUGGAUACAUUCCGAAUGGAAGUGUAGAAAGAUACGCUUACAAAGAUAAUGGAAAAUCACUUUCUUGGGUUGUCUGGCUCAAAAUAUUGAUAGGAACAGCACGGUAUCUUGAUUUUCUCCAUUCCUCAGAGGAUCAUAUCAUUUUUGGCGAAUUAACACCCUCUAGUAUAUUGCUGGAUGAGGAAUUUAAUCCAAAGAUCUGUAUCCGUGGGAGCUCAAGACUUGGUCCUUCAGAUGGUGAUACACUAGUAACAGGCAUUCCGUGUGUAAAUGCACAUUAUUCUGCAGAAUCAGAAGGAUAUCUCUCUCCAGAAUACAAAGAAGCUGGUCAGUUGAGCUCGAAGAACGAUGUCUAUGCUUUUGGCGUGGUGUUACUGGAAAUACUGACAGGAAUGCGGGUUGUUGAUGCUAACACGAGGAAUAAGAAGAAGAAUCUGGUGAACAAAGCCAGGCCUAUUUUAGCCUGCGAAAGAAAAUUUAAGCGGGUAGUGAACCCGAAGCUGCUAGAGCAAAAGUACUGUCCAGAGGGUUUAAAUUCAAUUUUAUCAGAUGUUCCAGCACUAGCAUUACAAUGUCUUGAUCUUGACCCUGAAAAGCGGCCCUCAAUGAAGCAAGUUGUGGAGAUCUUAGAAAGAAUUAAUGGCAUUGUACAGUAAGUGCUGUUAAGAUUGUUUGAAGAUCAUAUUGUAACAUAUUAUUUGGUGCUUCCACCAUAGUCUCAUUUGAGUUCUUGUGUAAAAUAGUUUAUCUGUAAUUUUGAAUUAAAUAUUUCUAUACAGAGUAAAUGAUUAAGAUGAUUAGAUCCCAAAACCAGUUCCUGAUCUAAAAUGAUCAUCUUUAAUAUUGUAGUAAUAUUCUGAAGACCUCUUUUUUAUAACAACAUAAAUAU